AUGGAUUCUCAACGGUACUCCGACGAGGAUGAUCUGCUUGAACGGAGUACAAACAAGCCGAAAAUGGAUGAUGGUUUGCAAGAUGCAAUAGAUUCUACCGCGGCUGAUGGAUCACCAUCUGAGAUGGUCCCAGAUGCCCACACGAGUGCUGAUGGUGAGGUUGUUGCCGAGACACAAUUGGAGGAGACGCCGGGCGCUGAUCGAUUGGAUUCUGACAUGCAAAUCGAGGCAGAAUCCACGCCCCAUCCCGUGCCCGUGGCUGAAUCAGCACAGCCCUUGCCAGUGGAUCCCAACCCGGUGGACAGCGGGGCUGAUAGACCCCGUUCAUAUCUGGAUUCGGUGGUUGGGAAGGGCACCGAUGCAGCACAUUUUUUGGUUGACAACAUCGCUGAUGCGGGAGGGGAGGACCUCAACGCGGAGGAGGAUCCCGUUGAUGAAGAUGACGAUCCCACGUGUCCUACAGUUCGUCUCUCAGCGAGGGAGAAGGAGCAGAUCCGGGAGCCUUGGCGUCAAACGUUGAUUAUAAAGGUCAUGGGCAGGCGUGUGGGUUAUGCUUACCUCCUUCGGCGGUUGACGACGAUGUGGAAACCCAAAGGAAGACUGGAAUUGAUAGCGCUUGAGAACGAUUAUUUCUUGGUCAGAUUUGGAAUGCGCGACGAUUUGGAAUUUGCAAAGUAUGAGGGUCCUUGGAUGAUCCUAGAUCAUUACUUGAUCGUCAAAGACUGGGUGCCGAAUUUCGAUCCGACCGUUGACACUACGGAAAAUGUCCUUGUUUGGGUUUGUUUCCCAAAUCUCCCCGUGGAAUUUUAUAAUCUUCUUUGUCUGAGGAAGAUCGGUAAUAAGCUGGGGAGAACGGUGAGAGUAGACCACACAACCAGUUUGGUGUCAAGGGGUAAGUUUGUCAGGGUUUGCGUAGAAAUCGACAUCACUAAGCCGCUCAUUUCAACGUUUACUUUGGAGGGGAAGGUUUGGAAGGUGGCAUAUGAAGGCAUCCAUCUAGUGUGUUUCGCGUGUGGUAUGUAUGGUCACAGGCUGGAAGCUUGCCCGACGGCGGGUGAGAGUGUUAUGGACGGAUCAGAGGGCAGCGGCGCCCCUCACCCACCGCAAUCGGCGGGCCCUGCUCGUGCGAAUGCACCACAGGGGACCGACAAAGGGAAGGCAACGACGUCUCGUAUGAGACCCUAUGGCUCGUGGAUGAUCGUGACACGAAAAGAGCGCCGACAAUCUGAACGUCCUCAGGGUGCAGGGGGGUCGAGGUUUGCGCCGUUGGAAACAGAAUUUGUUCCGGUGAUGAAUUCUGAGACGAACACUAAUUGUGCUAUGGAAUCUGGGGAGGGUGAACCAGCCAACCAUGGUGACAACAGCGCUCAAGCUACCACGGGGGCAGAAAGGACAGUGACGGGAAAGAGUUCUUCGAGGAGGGGUUCACUUAGGGCAGCUGAAGAAGAUGACCAUGUGGUAAACCCGGGGGAGAAUGGGGGUAGUAUCAUCAGUACAACGAGAGUCACGAAUCAGGAGCCUGUGCAGGACCCUUUGCCUGCUGUUAAUCAGGAUCCUAUGGAUAAUGCUCUAGAUGCAGCCGGGGAUCAGUCUCCGGAGCAUCACACGGACCCCCCGGAUUGCAGGGAUGGGGAAAGCGAUACUGUUAUGGAGGAUGACAUGCCUCAGGAUCUUAGUUUGGCGGAGGAGGCCAAUGCUUCUGCAGUCUGA